UCUUCUUUUUUUUCUUUCUGUCUGCUUCUGCUAUUUGUACGUCACUUCCGUCACAGCUUUUGAGUUUUCGAGCAAAGAUGGCGACGGCGCAGCUAACCGACGAGGAGCUUUUCUCCGAGUUAAAGCGCUUUGGGUUCAGCCCAGGCCCGGUGUCCGAGAACACGCGACCUGUUUAUUUGAAAAAACUAAAGAAACUGCGCGAUGAGCAGCAACAGAAAGGAACCAGGGCGGGGAAAAACCGAAACAGUGGCGGCGUCAACAACGGCACUAGUGGCGAUGGCAACAGCGGCUACACAGCGGCGGGAGCUUCGGGAGUCGGAGCCAGGCCAGCUAGCGGUGACGUCACGCACCUGAGCCCUAGCAGCCGGAGCCCCGGCGGUCGACCGGGCCUGAACGAAAAGCGAGCUGGCGGAGCGGGGAAGUUCGUUUUGGGCUUUAGCUCGGACGAAUCGGACGUGGAGGCCCCGCAGAAAAAACGAGGACCGAACCACAGCGGCAGGAGAGACCGAGGCUCCGCGUACCACCACCAACAACAACAGCAGAUCAGGCCUACAACGGGAGCUGCCACCGCCGCCCGAAAGAGCCUGGGAGUCGCUGUGAGUACCAGCAGCAACAAUUCCUCUCCCACCGGGCUGCUGGAGGGGAGGAGAAGCGGACCCGGGGAGACGGAGAGAGACAGUCGGUCUCUGAAUGGGAACAGGGCGUCUUACUCACUGAAUACCAGUAGUAAACUAGUCGGAGAUUACUCGGAUUCGGAGGAGGAGGAAGAAGAGGGAAUCAUAUCUGGGCAGGACCGUCAACGAGACCGCCGCUUACAGGUACACUGCUCCAGACGGAGUCACUCCUUCAAGUCGUCUCCCCACAGAAGUGCGAGGGGGUCAGAGAGCGGCCAGGAAAAGACUGCAGCCAUGGCAAUCAGGCUAAAUGACACGCCUGGCGCUAGUAGGAGUCGACUAGACAUGAUGGGAGGCCGAGGGGAGGAGGAGGAUGACGAGGACGAGGGAAAGAAGCGAGGCCCCGGCGAAUCGGGGACCAUCUACGUGUCGGCUGUGAUGGGGGAGAGCGACCGCGGCAGCCCCGGGGAAAGCAGCGGCAACAAUUCCCCGUCCUCCGCCUACAACAAAAACCACGUCGACAGUGGGGAUGGCGCCACUAGCAGCAGCAGCAGCAGUAGCCGAUUCAGCAUCGGCCUGAGACCGCGAUUCUCCAACUACAACACUCUAUCCGCUACUUACCGGCCCAACCAUUCGAAUCAUAGCGGGCACAACCAUGCCUACAGCCAGUCGAGCCUCAAGCACAAACACACGGCGCCGGAGGAUGAGCUGCUCCAGCAAUUCAAGCGGGAGGAGGUGGGGUCGUCCACCGGUUUGGGGUUCAGCGCCCACUACCUGUCCAUGUUGUUGCUCAUGGCCGCUUGCCUGUUCUUCCUCCUGCUCGGCCUCAUGUACCUCCGGAUGCGGGGGUCUGGAGCCUCUGAGGUCGAUGUUGUCAUUAAGAACCACCCGUUUGGCAGCGAGUUUGACAAGUCUUAUAACAAGACGGAGCAGGACACCAUUCUGAAACUCCUACUCAAACUUCAUGACCACCUGGCUAAUGUUGCUGGACAACAUGACUGUACAGACCCGGAGCAGCAGCAGGCCAACAGGAGUCUGUCUAUGGAGGAUGCCUCUGACUAUCUGAUACAGCAGAAUGAGGACUACCGUCACUGGCUACUCCUCUCUCUGGAGUGGAUCAUACGGUCAGGGGAGGAUGUUGGCAUACGGCUGAUCGGGGAUAACCCAGAGGAGACGGUAGCGGAGGUGAGUGAGGUGACUCGUCUGGAAUCGACCCACCCCAAAAUGUCCUUCUCCUGCCGCUUCAGAAGAGCCUUCUUUACAGUCAUCCACAGGCUGCUGCUCAUCCUAACAGUGAUUGGUCUGGUGUGGGGUGUAAUCUACUACAUGAAGUACCGUUGGAGGAGAGAGGAGGAGGAGACCAGGCAGAUGUAUGACAUGGUGGAGAGAAUCAUCGAUGUUCUGAAGAGCCACAACGCGGCGUGUCAGGAGAACAAUGACCUCCAGCCCUACCUACCCAUCCCUCACGUCAGAGACUCCCUGGUCCAACCCCAGGACAGAAAGAAGCUGAAGAAGGUUUGGGACCGGGCCGUGACCUUCCUCUCAGCCAACGAUAGCCGUAUCAGGACGGAGUCUCAGCGGAUUGGUGGAGCUGACUUCCUGGUGUGGAGGUGGCUCCAGCCGUCUCUGAGCUGCGACCAGAUCUCACUCAUCCCCUCCAAAGUCUGGCAGGGCAAAGCAUUCCCUCUGGACAGGAGAAACUCUCCUCCCAACAGUUUAACACCGUGUCUCAAGAUCAGAAACAUGUUUGAUCCAGUCAUGGAGGUUGGUGAAAACUGGCACCUGGCCAUCCACGAGGCCAUCUUGGAGAAGUGUUGUGACAACGACGGUAUCGUCCACAUCGCUGUCGACAAGAACUCCAGAGAGGGCUGUGUCUAUGUGAAGUGUCUGUCAUCAGAGCACUCAGGGAAAGCCUUCAAGGCGCUACACGGCUCCUGGUUCGAUGGGAAGCUGGUGACGGUGAAGUACCUGCGUCUGGACCGCUACCACCAGCGGUUUCCCCAGGCCCAGGGCUGUACCACCUCCCUGAAGCCCUCUGGUACUCACAUGAACACCAUGUCCAGGCUACGUCACCACACCAGCCCUGAUACCAGCACUAACGCUAACUCUCUAGGCUUCUCCUGAGGGGGGGGGCAGAUUACCCCAGCCUCCUCUCUCCCUCAACCCCACAGCUACCAACCCAACCAGCUCCUUCUUACCACAGUGUAACGGUCUCACCUCAACACAAGCCCCCCUUCCUUCAGUCUCCCCUUAGCCAGCCUCCACUGGGGGUGAUGGUGGCUUGGUCUGUCAACUCACAGGGCUGGGUGAACCGUCUGUCUCGACUCACAGGGCUGGGUGAACCGUCUAUCCAACUCACAGGGCUGGGUGAACCGUCUGUCCAACUCACAGGGCUGGGUGAACCGUCUGUCCAACUCACAGGGCUUUGUUUUCUCUUUAAGGGGACUGACUGACUGACUGUCUGACUGUUGGUUGUCCACAACCUGUCUGGACCACAGGAGUGGUUGGGAGGAUUUAGACUGACUGACAGACCUGUGGUGUUUUUGUUGUAAA